GCCCAUGACUCUACAUCGCGCUCCUCCUUUAUGUUCUCAAACAAAGCCUCGGCUUCUUCCAAAUGCCCUUUCCUGGCCAAUGCUGUGACGAGGGCAGUCUGCGCAACGAUCGUCUUCACGGGCAUCCGAUCAAACAAAUCCUUGGCAGAAGCUAUCUUUCCACUGCGAAUGCAAAGCGUGAUAAUCACAUUCCAAGAGAUCUCGUUCUUCUCUGGAGCCAAUUCGAAAAUCUCUCGCGCUUUAUCAAGAUGCCCGUUGUCGGCAUAUGCCGUGACGAUCGAGUUCGUGGCGGCCGCCAGGGAGCGUGGAUUGGACGUGGGCUUUUACCUCUCGCCAUGGGAUUUGCACGAGAGCUGCUAUGGCGACACUCUUCUCUACAACGAGUUCUACUUGGCUCAGCUCCACGAGCUUCUUACUGGAUAUGGGCCGAUCUCCGAGGUGUGGCUGGAUGGUGCGAAAUCACCCACUGCAGUGAACAUGAGCUACGAUUUUGAGCUCUGGUUUGACACGAUUCAUCCCCGGUGCCAACAUCUUUUCCGACGCUGGCCCCAACAUCCGAUGGUUUGGGAAUGAGUAUGGCGAGGCCGGACAACCAUGCUGGGCGAUGGCGAACAGAUUUUCCAUUACGAUCGGCAGGAGCG